AGGGGGGGGAUGCUUCCUUUAGUCUGGGAUCACUGUGUGUGACUGACGUUCUUGAUUCAUCAUCUGACAACCACAUGAGCAGCGUGGAUAUAUAAGCUGCAGCACACCUGCUCAACAAUAACGACUCCAGACCUCCACCAACUGACCUCAGCCUGUCAAAGUUCAGGUGCCUCGGGCGACACCACAGCAUGCUGCCUGGGAGAGCGGCUGAUGUCCGGCUCUGCGUCCUGACGAGCCGCUGGCUGCCGGCAGCUCUGGCGCUGCUGCUCCUCCUCUCCUCCAGCUUCAGCAGCGCUCACAGCACCACAGUGGAACACGACUUCCACAUCGUUCACAAUGUCGACAACAGAAGUCCAGAGAUAGACCCAUUCUGGUACGUGGGCCGCGGGGUGAGACCCAUCGGGCGCUUCGGGAAGAGGCACAGCAGUGUAGCGGCUCUGGGCAGCGGGGGGAUGCAGCCUGUCGUCAGGACGUUGAUGCUGCUGCUCAACAGCCUCAGAAACAAAGAGAACCUCGAGAACGUCGUAUUGGGUGGGGAGGACAGGGAAUGGUUACCGUGACAGCGAGUCCUCCCCUUUUCAUCCACAAACUCAGUGUCUUCUUUUUCUUUUUUUUUUUCUUUUUUUUUUUUUUUUACCUCGAUUGAGGUUAUAAGCUCUAGCUCUUUAUUGUAUUUCUCUCUGUUGUCUGUUUUGAGGCCUUGGUUGAUAAGAUCGUUGAUGAAAUAUAAAUGCAUUCUAUAUUGAUUAAUAAACCAGGAUGUUGUGAUUAUAUCUGUUCAUCACUUUGUCUGUUGCCUUCCUAUAUCUGCGGGUGCACAGCAAACAUUUUCAAAACGCAAAAGCUAUAAGUUUUCAAAUUUUAUUUACUUCAUAAUACAUUUUUUUUCU